UCCUUCCCGGAACACCCCGGAUGUUAUCAUUUCGUGUAUCGUAAUCAUGUGAUGCAAGACGAUGAAAACUGAGUGACAGGUUGAUUGUUCUUUAAUCCAAUACAAACUCAAGAUGAAGAAAAAGGUGCUACUCAUGGGGAAGAGUGGGUCAGGGAAGACCAGCAUGAGAUCCAUUAUCUUCGCCAACUACAUAGCCAGAGACACUCGCAGGCUUGGAGCUACCAUUGAUGUGGAGCAUUCUCAUGUCCGCUUUCUUGGAAAUCUUGUCCUAAAUUUGUGGGAUUGUGGAGGUCAAGAGGCAUUUAUGGAAAGCUACUUCGCCAGUCAGCGUGAUAAUAUUUUCCGCAAUGUUGAGGUCCUGAUCUAUGUAUUUGAUGUGGAGAGUCGAGAGCUGGAGAAAGACAUGCAUUACUAUCAGUCAUGCCUGGAGGCCAUCCUUCAGAAUUCACCCGACUCUAAAGUUUUCUGCCUCGUACACAAGAUGGACCUCGUGCAAGACGAUCAGCGUGACUUUAUAUUUCGGGAGAGGGAGGAAGAUCUCAAGCGACUUUCAAAGCCACUAGACUGUACAUGCUUUGCCACAAGUAUUUGGGAUGAAACUCUGUACAAGGCUUGGUCCAACAUUGUGUACCAGCUCAUCCCAAACGUACAACAGAUCGAAAGCAACUUGGCAAAUUUCGCCAACAUCAUUGAGGCAGAUGAAGUGCUGCUGUUUGAAAAGGCUACAUUUCUGGUCAUUUCACACUGUGAGCGGAAACAGCACAAAGAUGUCCACCGGUUCGAGAAGAUCAGUAACAUUAUAAAACAGUUCAAACUAAGCUGUAGUAAGCUUGCCGCCAAUUUCCAGAGCAUGGAAGUGCAUAACUCGGCCUUCUCUGCCUUCAUAGAGGGCUUCACCUCCAACACAUACGUCAUGGUGGUUAUGUCGGAUGGAUCCAUACCUUCAGCGGCGACACUGAUCAACAUCAAAAAUGCGAAAAAGCAUUUUGAGAAAUUGGAAAGGAUGGAAUCCAACCAUCAUUCGAUCGCUGCCAGGUGAAGACUGACUGAGAAAAACGCAAUGAAUUCCAGUGUUGAUAUUACAAGUCAGUUGUCACGGAAACAUAUAAUAGCUAUUACAGGAUGCGACGCAUUCAAAUCAUACACAAUGCUCACUUCAUGGAACCUUAUUAUAAUUCUAUACAAAAUGGUUUCUGAUUGAAAACCUGUUAGUCUGGACAAUUGGUUUCUCAGUGGAACCUUAUAAUUUUAGAAAAAACGGUUCUUCCAAGGAGACUGUAUAUUAUGUAUAUAAAAAAAAUAUGUAUAUAAGAAAGUUGACCAAGAUUUUGUGACAGAAAAACAUUUAAAUCUAUGGA